GGUUCUCUGUCAAGAGCAGAGCGUUGGGCUGUCAUUUGUGUGUACUGUGUGUAAGCCAAAGAAAUGUUUGAGAACAAACAAGCGGAAAGCUGACGAGAACCGUUUCCUCUAUCUAUUUCAAUGGAGCACUGAAGACACUGGCGUUUUUCUGCAUUAAAAUGCACAAAUGCACGCAAGUGGAUUAUUUUGUGUUGUUGCGAUUUGAAUACUUACCAUGCGUUUAUGUUAAUUAAAAGUUUGAGAGGAUUUUCGGCAUUGCAAAUAUGUCUGUUCCAAAUAUGGACUUUUCUGAUGUAGAAAGUUUUCUCGACAAACAUCCAGAGUUAUUCGAAGACUACCUGAAUAGGAAGGGCAAACAUAGCAUGGUUGAGAAAUGGCUCAAAAAUCAUCAGGUGAAUAAAACACCAGUAAAUCCGAGCACUGACAUCGACAAAACGGGAAGUACUGGUAGUACCGGUGUUAGUACUGCUAGCAGCAAGGGCUGUUGGAUCCACAGGGGUGAUGGUCUACAAAGAAGACCCUCACAGAAGGAACUGAGGAAAACUUUUGCGAGGUCCAAAGCCGUGCAUGCUAACAGGACAUACGACGAAAACUCCAGGGCACAGGAGCCCCUGACAAGCAUGAGAAGAAGAGCUCUCCUGCGGAAAGCCAGCUCCUUGCCCCCAACUACAGCCCACAUCUUGAGUGCUCUUCUGGAAUCUCGAGUCAACAUACCUCAGUAUCCUUCCACGGCGAUUGAUUUCAAAUACUAUCUCAAGCACAAUAACGAAAGGGAGUUCUUUCUUGAACUGGUGAAAGACAUUUCCAAUGAUUUGGAUUUAACUAGCCUCAGCUACAAAAUCCUCGUUUUUGUCUGCAUCAUGGUAGAUGCUGACCGUUGCUCCUUGUUUCUGGUGGAAGGCCCCGCCAAUAAGAGAACUCUGGUGUCUAAAUUCUUUGAUGUGCACGCUGGGGCCACAGUGCUGCCUUCUCUGAGUACGGAUAACUCGGAUGAAGUUCAGGUGCCUUGGGGAAAAGGAAUAAUUGGAUAUGUUGCUGAGCAUGGGGAAACGGUUAAUAUACCAGAUGCCUACCAGGACCGUCGCUUCAGUAACGAAAUUGAUAAGCUAACGGGAUACAAGACCAAGUCCCUGCUGUGCAUGCCUAUUGGAAACAGUGAUGGGGAGAUCAUUGGAGUUGCUCAGGCCAUUAAUAAAAAUCCAAGGGGUGCCCUGUUCACAGAGGAUGAUGAAAAGGUGCUAGAGAUGUAUCUUCCUUUCUGUGGGAUUGCCAUAUCCAAUGCCCAGCUUUUUGCAGCCUCCAGGAAAGAAUAUGACAGAAGCAGAGCCUUGCUUGAAGUUGUCAAUGACUUAUUUGAAGAGCAGACGGAUUUGGAGAAAAUUGUCCGGAAGAUCAUGCACCGUGCGCAGACGUUGUUGAAAUGUGAACGGUGCUCUGUGCAACUCCUUGAAGAUAUCGAGUCACCAGUGGUGAAGUUUACCAAAUCCUUUGAGCUUCUGUCUCCGAAAUGCAGUGCUGACGCUGACAGCAGUUUCAAAGACAGCUUGGAGAAGUCUUCAUACUCGGACUGGCUGAUUAACAACAGCAUAGCUGAGCUUGUCGCUUCCACUGGUCUUCCAGUUAACAUCAGUGAUGCAUAUCAGGACCCUCGCUUUGAUGCAGAAGCUGAUCAGUUCUCUGGCUUUCAUAUACGCUCUGUCCUUUGUGUGCCUAUUUGGAACAGUAACCAUCAAAUAAUUGGAGUGGCUCAAGUUUUAAACAGACUUGAUGGGAAACCUUUUGAUGAUGCUGACCAGCGGCUCUUUGAGGCAUUCGUUAUCUUCUGUGGUCUUGGCAUCAACAACACAAUAAUGUAUGACCAAGUGAAGAAAUCCUGGGCAAAACAGUCAGUAGCAUUGGAUGUCCUGUCCUACCAUGCCACUUGCUCGAAGACUGAAGUUGAUAAAUUUAAGGCAGCAAACAUCCCACUCGUUUGUGAACUUGGCAUAGAUAAAUUAUCUUUUGAUGACUUUUCUCUGGAUGUCGACGCCAUGAUCACUGCUGCCCUCCGUAUGUUUAUGGAGCUGGGCAUGGUGCAGAAAUUCAAAAUCGAUUACGAGACGCUGUGUAGGUGGUUGUUGACAGUCAGGAAGAAUUACCGGAUGGUGUUGUACCACAACUGGCGGCAUGCGUUCAAUGUUUGUCAGUGCAUGUUUUCAAUGUUAACAACGGCAGGUUUUCAGAAAACUCUGACAGAGGUUGAAAUGUUAGCUCUGAUUGUAGGCUGCUUGUGCCAUGACCUGGACCACCGGGGAACGAAUAAUGCGUUUCAGGCAAAGACAGGUUCAGCUUUGUCUCAGUUGUAUGGUACAUCGGCGACUCUGGAGCAUCAUCAUUUUAAUCAUGCCGUCAUGAUUCUUCAAAGUGAGGGCCACAACAUUUUUGCCAACUUGUCCUCCAGGGAGUAUAGUGACCUUAUGCAGCUUCUGAAACAGUCAAUACUGGCAACUGACCUUACCCUCUACUUUGAGAAGAGAAGUGAAUUUUUUGAACUGGUUGAUAAAGGAGAAUAUAACUGGAACAUUAAGAAUCAUCGAGAAAUGUUCAGGUCUAUGUUGAUGACUGCAUGUGAUCUGGGAGCUGUGACAAAACCUUGGGAGAUAUCAAGAAAGGUGGCUGAGCUGGUAACCAGUGAAUUCUUCGAACAAGGAGACAGAGAAAGAUCAGAACUGAAACUCACUCCAUCGGCCAUUUUUGAUCGGAACAGGAAAGAUGAACUGCCAGGCCUCCAACUGGAGUGGAUUGAUGGAAUUUGUGUUCCACUCUAUGAGACUUUGGUGAAGGUAAACCCCAAGCUUCAGCCAAUGCUGGACCUCAUCCGAGGAAACAGAGUGAAGUGGGAGGAGCUAAACAGGGAGAGACAGCGCAGUCAGCCAAGUAAUACCAGCAGCAGCAGCAGCAGUAGCAGUUCAAGUACAGGUACAAGUACAAGUAGCAGCACAUCCUGCAACCUGUCCCCAAAUAACACAAGCUAGUCCCUGGCGGUUCAUUGAAGGGCUCUUUCCUGCCAUUAGCUUUUUCAAAAGUCAGCCUGAGGGAAACUGAAAUCAGCUGUGCUUCCAGAGUAUGGCACUCUGUCUUAACUUUCGAUGCAGAGGUGGAUUUUGCUUAAGCGCACACUAUUCACCCGUCGAGAAAACGAAGUGGAGGUUUCUCCUAUGCAGUUACGGUGGUUUGUGUUGCUGUGUGGAUUGCUGGACAGCAUUGAUAUGCACAAUCAGGUUUUUGUUUUGUUUAGCUUGCAGCUGUGUGCAAAACCUACAGCCCAUCCAGUGCUGUUAAUCGCAAAUCUAAUUAGCCAGCAUCUUAAUGAAGAAAGUGGUUGGACAUAGUCUUGGUAGAGCUGCAAUUAAAAUAGGAAAACAAGGAAGAAAAUAACCAGUAUCAAAACUUGUUAUUGUUCCCGCCUGUCAGGCAUGUCAGUCUGUUACCUGUGUGCUUUUCCUUAUACUGCUUAAUAUAUUUGUUGCAGGAAUGUUUUUGGAUUAUGUCUGUUUUGUACUGUACAUAUGUAUAUAUAUUUUUUAACAAAAGGAAGAUGUUAAGGCCCUCUCAUACCUGUGUUAAAUAAGGUUUGUGAAAACAAACAAGGCUAAGGGGCUGUCCUGGGGUUUGUAGCAAUGCGUGCAAUGCAAAUACAAAGCACAGCAAGCCUGUGCCUUGCAGAUAGACGAUGUAUGAAAAGUGCAUGAAAAUCCUUUGAGUACUGCAGUCAUUUGUAAUUUUUUCAAGUAAAUCUACAUUCCCAAAAUUAAGUUUAUGUUGCAUGUACAGUCACAGACAAUGUAUUAACACUACUCUUAUUAUAUCACAAUUCAAGCUGACAGAUUAAGGACAAGCAUUUAGUAAACUUUGUAAUAAAACAAAAAUCAAAAUACUCAAUUUCUAGUAAUUUAACAAAUAAUCUUUAUCAAAAAAUAAACACAUUUUAUUUUAAAAUAUUCAUUCAUGUCAAAAGUAUUGGCACUCCUGUUUUAGUAUUGUGUGUCCUCCUUUUGUUUUUAUUACGGCUGUAAUGAUAAUUCUUACAUCUUGUUGGUGAAAUCUGCGCCUAUUCUGUCUUGCAUAUUUCCUUCAGCUGACAGCUUUUUUUCAGAUCAGUCUAAAGCAUUUCUAUUGGAUUGAGAUCUGGUUAUUGUGAAAGGCCAUUCCAAAACUGUUAUCUUAGUUUUCUUCCAGAAUUCCAGUUGACUUCGCCUUAGGCUUGUUUGGGUUGUUGUCAUGUUGGAAGAUAAACUGUCUGCCAAUCAACCUACGAGCAGAUGGUAUCAUUGUACUUGUAGAAUGUUUUGAUACAUGGCUGUAUUCAUUUGAUCUUCAGUAACAUGAAUGUCUCUAGUCCCAGACCUACCUCCAUGUUUAACUGUAGGUACAAGGUUUUCUUUAUGAAGGCUUUCCCUUUUUUCACCAAACAUCCUAUGGGCCAUUUCUGGGGAGAAGUUGAAGUUGGGGUUAGGGUUAGGCUUGAGGUUGAAGAAUGCUUGAUUACUGUUCAUAUUUCUUGGCAAAUUUUAGAAUUUUAGGUUUGUUUUAUACUUUCUUUAAAAGUGGUUUGCAGUGAGGCCUACACACAUACAACUCCUCUGUGUUCAGGCCCCUUUAUAGUUUUUUUGUGCACUGUUACGCCUGAUGCUUCUAAAUCUUUCUUUAAGUCCUUAGCUGUUAAUGUUGGACGAUUCUCCUACCUGCUGUAUCCGGACAUUCACUUCUUUCAAGCGUUUCAGUUGAAUUUGUUCUGUUGUACUUCUUGAUUAUUGCUCUGAUUGUGGAUUUUGGUAUUCCAUUUUUCUUUGAUACUGUUCUGUAGCUAUUUACUUUGUUUUAGUUUGCUACAAGUGCUUUUCUCAGACGUGAAUUCAGCUCCUUGGUCUGCUGUGUUGCCAAAAUGUUCUUCAAAAGAUGUUGGAAAUAAUUACUUAUUUGUCUGGCUAUUGAUUGUAUAAUGCAACUGAAUUACUGUGCAAUGGUUUUCAAUUAAUUAAUAUAUAUUUUAAUUAGUUCUAUAACAUUUUUACAGAAUUUGAAUGUAAAGGUGUCAAUAUUUUUGCCAUGAACAAAUAUUUAAAAUUGCUUAAGUGCUUUUGUUUUUCUAUAGCUACCAGAAAUGUGUGUAUUUUGGUCUUUUGCUCUUUGUCAUAUUAAUUAGUGGCUAAUGUUGACUAAAUGCUUGUAUUAACAUGCUUUCUUGAAUUACCUUCUAUUAAGCGUAAGGAGACAAUGCUUUUGUCUGUAACUAUAUAUACAUAUCUCUUGAGUUGCAACGAAUGAGUUAUAUCAGAUUUAACAACGUCUGGAAGUGCCAUUUUAAUCUGGAUAAAAACAUACCGGUACUUUUAUUCAGAAAAGCACAAACUAUUACACAGUUUACUAAAUUAAAAAGGGUGGAGGGUUAUAUAGAACACAUAGUUGUUCUUUUACCUGUAUGUUUUAAUACAAAUUGUGGGGGUGUACCAUUGAAGCUUUUGGUGUAGUGGGGAUAUAGAUACUUACUCUGCUUCCUUCACAGCAUGGCAUGGAAUUGUAUCAUAGUACUCAAAGGGUUACUAUUAAAAUGCCAACAUUUCGUGUUGAAGGGUUAGUGUUGCAUGAAAAGAUCACUUACUCUGGAACAAGUUACGUGUGAUCAGUAGUCUGAAAACAACAACAAAAAGACAUGUGCCAACAGGUUUUCCUCAGUAAUGUAAAACUUGAAAAUGUAUUUCCUUAUUUUCUCAGUUUGACACUUGGGUUGUAAUUUGAAACAAAUACCAUGUUUACCUUGAAUGCAAUUGCAUGAGUUUUAUUAGUGCAUCUUCAGAUUGCGUGGAAUAAUUGAAAAGGUCAUCAUUUAUUUUUUACAUUUGGUUUCAAAUGUAUGACUUCUGUAUACUGUACCUUGUAUACUGUACUUUGAACUAUUGUUUGUUUUCUAGCCAUUUUAUUUUUUUCCAGAAAGUCUUUUCGGUUUGUUAUUUACGUUAUACAUUUAAUUUUCUACAUUCUUCUACUCAGACAUAAUGGAGACCCGUCAAAUAAUUAUUUAAAAGGCAUGUUAUUUGGAAAUGUACUACUUUUGGUUAGUUUGUUGAAAUAAACAUUUGCUUCAAAAAUAUAAUAAAUCUGUGAUUGUA